AUGAGUGAAGAGAUUGCUAAGACGAAGGUGUGUUGUCCAUGCCGUGUCAUUGAGGUGAACUUUAGUGAAAAGGUGCUUUGUGUGGAACAAGAGCUUCAAAACCUUAAAGAGGAGCAUGAAGGUUUCAGUAGGAGCAUCUUCAAGGAGAUCGAGUCUAUGCAACAAGAUUUGAUCCAGCGUUUUAUUGAUGCAAAUUAUCGUAUGGAUGCAACGAAGGAUUCUGCGUGUGUUGCUAAGAAUUGGAGUGUGCUAUACUUGCAUAAUCCAAAUGGAAGUGAGCAUACUUGGUAUGAUUUUAAAGAGACAAUAUACAAUAGGUUUUGGAAUAGUGACAUUGCUUAUGAAAUCCAAACUGAUUUGUGUGAACUUGUUCAAGAUGACAUGGAUGUUGAGUCUUAUAUUGCUAAAUUUGAGGAGUUGUGCUUGAAUAGUGAUAGUAAUGACUUGAAUGAAGUGUUAGUUGUGAGAUUCUUGAAUGGCUUGAAUUCUUGUUAUAAAGAUGAUGUAUCUUUGAUGAAAGAGAAUGAUUUAUAUUGUGCUUUUCAAAGAGUUGUGUUGUUGGAGUUGCGUGUGAUAGAUUGGGUUGAUAAUUUGAUUGUAGCUAUUGAUGGGGGUAGUAGCAUCAAUUGUAUAAGUGAAGAGUUUGUUAGAGUUAAUCACUUGCAGGUGAAAUACUUAAGUAAACCUUACAAAGUGCGUUGGUUGCAUGGUGGAAUGGAAUUGAGCGUUACUCAUAGUGCUAAGGUGGAUCUUCGCAUUGGGGAUCUUGUUUCGAAGUUAUCACCAACACCUUCUAGUGGGAACAUUGAGGUUGAAGAAGAAUUGCUUAGUGAAGAUCAAGGGUUGGAAGAAUCUAAUGAAGACUUUGCUAAUCAUUGGAGUGAUUCAAGUGAUGAAGAUUCAAGUGAUAUCCAAGAGGUUGAUGCAUGUGAGUUUGUUCCAAAGAUCAAGCGUUUUGAAGAGAUUGAAGAUGCACAUUCAAGUGUGUAG